AUGGCCACAGAUAUUCACGUCUAUGCCCAAAUAUGUAGUCGGAGGGCAAACGGGGACACAUUAUUUGAAGAGCACGAGCUCAUGCAAAGAGGCAACACCGUUGAUAAGUUCACCCGCGUUUGUCAUGUCACUCUCGAUCAAUUCAAUUUUCAAAUUGACCUCGAACGUCAGAUGAAACAAAGAUUGCUCCACCGAUGUUAUCACAUUAUCUUCGGUGACGGUGAAACCCGUCAUCACGUCACCAUGGAUCGGCAUACGACGGACCUUCUCAUGCUAAGAGUGGCCGCAGAAUCGGAGAGAAUGCGGAGGACCAAGCUCUACUUGCACUUGAGGAAGAUACCGGUCCGUAUGGUCUUGGAGGUUUCCUUCCAUCGGAGAGAGCAAAGGGAGAUGGAGGCGGCCCAUAGGGAAUCGAUGGAAGUUUCAGACGCCUUUAGAGCGGUCCCGGCGAGUCAAGCGGCCAUUGACGCGCUUGAGAAAACAGAGCUCCACGAGGUUUUGGAUUCUGGCGACGACGGGUGCGUAAUUUGCGAGGAUGAGAUAUCCCCCGACGAUGAAAUUACGCGCGUGUCACGCAAGCAUAUUUUUCACCAUGAGUGUAUCGUCCAUUGGCUGAGCGUGAGCAACUUGUGCCCGCUGUGCCGUUUCUCGAUGCCCAUAAGAUCAGGAGAUUGCGAUUGA